UCUUUCUUAUUCCUCAGUGUCCAUACUAGAGCCCGAUGAAUAGCUCCAUCUAUAAACGAUUAGCCCUUAUCAACUGGAACAGUUGUAAACUUUUUCGGCGUGAUGCAAGAGAAUUCUAUGACACCGUCACAAAACCGGGACAAGAACCUUAUUCUGGCCGCGCUUGGAGAAUGUCCGAGCUUCGCCUGAAAUCCUUCAGCGACUUGCACAAACUCUGGUUCGUUCUGCUGAAAGAAAGGAACAUGUUGCUAACCGAACGACUGCGUUCACGUAGCAUACGAACUGAAAGAUUUCGGUAUCCAAUGCGCCUAAAAAAGACCAGACUGUCCAUGGCAAGGAUCAAGGUCGUCCUGGCAGAACGCUCUAAAGUGUAUACAGAAGCAAAGCACCAAGUUUUGAUGAUGUAUCAACAGCAAAAGAAAAAGUUGCUUCAGGAAAAAAGAGAGCAGCUUAUCAAGCAAUUUGAGGCGCUCGAAGCUAGAAAAGAAGGAAUGGCUAAUACUAAGAACGAGCCCUUGAAGGAACAGACGAAAGAUGUGCCCACUGGUCAAGAUGGCUCAAGUCCGCAAAUGGUAAGGGAAUGGCCAACCAAACACACGCUGUAACUUGUCGAGUAUACAAAUGACAACGUCCGCAUGCUCUUUGUGCUACCUACGUGCGCGAAAGGUAAAGACCUGGCAAAUUGUCACGAACAUUGCUGUGUAUUAGCUUGUAGCCGUUUUGACGUCAUAUGUAAUCUGUUCAUGCCAAAUCAUGCACAUAAAUCAGUACUGAUAUUUCCCA